GAACGGUGAGUCUGAAUUUUAACGGUUUGUUUAAUUAUAAAUUCUAUCAUCUCGUAUAAAAUCGCUAAGAAACUAGACUUUAGAUAAUCUCAUAGCUUAUUUAUACAAAAAUUAAUUCAAGUCCGUGGUAGAUAUCAUAGGAUAUUAACUUUUAAGAUGUCAAAAGUAAACAUGAAGCUUGCAAUUACAUUUAUUUUCGGCGUAUUCCUGUUACGAGAAUGCAAUGGGCAGAUCAUCGUCAACACUAACACUGGAGAAGUCAUGGGUAAAACAAUUAAUGUUUUAGGCAGGAAAGUUCAUGCCUUUUUAAGUAUUCCCUAUGCGAUUCCUCCGAUCGGUCAAUACAGAUUUCAUGUUUCUAUGCUUAACUUAUGGAAAAUCGUUUACAAUGCCACAGAAAAAACGCCCUCCUGCAUGCAAUGCCCAUUGAUACCGGAAUUCCCGUGGGUUCCGGAUUUAGAAAAUAUGAGCGAAGAUUGCCUUUACCUGAAUAUUUGGGUUCCUGCCGAGAACAAACAACAAUCUCCGUUAUCGACAAUGGUGUGGAUUCACGGAGGUGGAUACAACACGGGAUCGUCGAAUCUGGAUGUCUACGACGGAGGGGUGAUGGCGUCGUUAGGUAACGUCAUAGUGGUAUCUUUUAACUAUCGGCUCGGUGCAUUUGGAUUUCUUUAUUUGGAACCACUUUCGACUAUUAGUAACAAUGCACUGUUGGAUCAAUUACUCGCUCUCAAGUGGAUCAAACACAACAUAAGAGCAUUCGGAGGUAAUAGUAAGGAUAUCACAUUAUUUGGACAAGAUGCGGGAGCGUGGUCGAUAGGUUAUCAUCUACUUUCUCCUCUAUCUCGCGGACACUUCAAAAGAGCAAUAAUGCAAAGUGGAAGCAUUUAUCAUCCUUAUUUAACUACAGAUGUAGAUGAUAGCUUAUGCAUGAGUUUAAAACUAGCAGGCUCGCUUAAUUGUGCUAAAAACUAUGAUGGUACAAUUAAACCUUACAGAAACAUAGUUGCGUGUAUGAAAGAAAAAGAAGCGUUAGAUAUAAGUUUUGCUGAAAAAAAAAUCUUGUUUGAGAAGUAUCACUUUCUAGACUUGCUUCCGCAAUAUGGAAGAAGUUUUUUACCCAGCAAUCCGAUUGAUAGUUUCGACUCCAUCAAGUUUAGCGAUGUAGAUGUCAUGUUAGGUAAUGUAGCAGACGAAGGAUCGCUGUUUCUUGCGCUAUAUAACAAAAAACUUAUACAAGAAAGGAACCCGAGAAUGACGAAGCACGAGGCUAUAAAAUACUUUGAAAAAAGUACUGGAUAUGAUCAAACUACACUCGAACCCAUCAUAAAACAGUAUUUCGAAAAUGUUCGCGACGGUGACUUUCCAACGAUUAUUAAACGAACUCAUCAGGCGAUAGGCGAUUCGACGUUCAAGUGUCCUACAAAUUUCCUGGCAGAGAAGCUUGCAGAAAAGAGAUUCAACGUGUUUCAUUACACUUUUAAGCACAGAAGCGGCAAAAAUAUAUACCCAAAAUGGACCGGGGUACCUCAUUUCGAAGAAGUUCAAUUCGUAUUCGGUGUUCCUCUAUUGAAAACAAACGAAUACACCGUCGAAGAACAAGAAUUCAGUAGAAAUCUCAUCGAACUUUGGACUUCGUUCGCUAAAACUGGGACUCCACAUGUUGAUAACUUGGAAAGAUGGCUUCCGUACACUAAUCGAAAGCCGAUUUCUAUGAACUUGCAACCGAAAAACAUAAAACUCACAAAGUCAAUUCCGAACGAACACUGUGAAUUUUGGAAAACUUUUUUUCACCUGUGGUAUGAUGUAUUCUUGCAGCUUCUUGGACACGCAUACCUGGUGUAUGAAACAGUUACCUUAUUUAUACAAAAAUUAAUUCAAGUCCGUGGUAGAUAUCAUAGGAUAUUAACUUUUAAGAUGUCAAAAGUAAACAUGAAGCUUGCAAUUACAUUUAUUUUCGGCGUAUUCCUGUUACGAGAAUGCAAUGGGCAGAUCAUCGUCAACACUAACACUGGAGAAGUCAUGGGUAAAACAAUUAAUGUUUUAGGCAGGAAAGUUCAUGCCUUUUUAAGUAUUCCCUAUGCGAUUCCUCCGAUCGGUCAAUACAGAUUUCAUGUUUCUAUGCUUAACUUAUGGAAAAUCGUUUACAAUGCCACAGAAAAAACGCCCUCCUGCAUGCAAUGCCCAUUGAUACCGGAAUUCCCGUGGGUUCCGGAUUUAGAAAAUAUGAGCGAAGAUUGCCUUUACCUGAAUAUUUGGGUUCCUGCCGAGAACAAACAACAAUCUCCGUUAUCGACAAUGGUGUGGAUUCACGGAGGUGGAUACAACACGGGAUCGUCGAAUCUGGAUGUCUACGACGGAGGGGUGAUGGCGUCGUUAGGUAACGUCAUAGUGGUAUCUUUUAACUAUCGGCUCGGUGCAUUUGGAUUUCUUUAUUUGGAACCACUUUCGACUAUUAGUAACAAUGCACUGUUGGAUCAAUUACUCGCUCUCAAGUGGAUCAAACACAACAUAAGAGCAUUCGGAGGUAAUAGUAAGGAUAUCACAUUAUUUGGACAAGAUGCGGGAGCGUGGUCGAUAGGUUAUCAUCUACUUUCUCCUCUAUCUCGCGGACACUUCAAAAGAGCAAUAAUGCAAAGUGGAAGCAUUUAUCAUCCUUAUUUAACUACAGAUGUAGAUGAUAGCUUAUGCAUGAGUUUAAAACUAGCAGGCUCGCUUAAUUGUGCUAAAAACUAUGAUGGUACAAUUAAACCUUACAGAAACAUAGUUGCGUGUAUGAAAGAAAAAGAAGCGUUAGAUAUAAGUUUUGCUGAAAAAAAAAUCUUGUUUGAGAAGUAUCACUUUCUAGACUUGCUUCCGCAAUAUGGAAGAAGUUUUUUACCCAGCAAUCCGAUUGAUAGUUUCGACUCCAUCAAGUUUAGCGAUGUAGAUGUCAUGUUAGGUAAUGUAGCAGACGAAGGAUCGCUGUUUCUUGCGCUAUAUAACAAAAAACUUAUACAAGAAAGGAACCCGAGAAUGACGAAGCACGAGGCUAUAAAAUACUUUGAAAAAAGUACUGGAUAUGAUCAAACUACACUCGAACCCAUCAUAAAACAGUAUUUCGAAAAUGUUCGCGACGGUGACUUUCCAACGAUUAUUAAACGAACUCAUCAGGCGAUAGGCGAUUCGACGUUCAAGUGUCCUACAAAUUUCCUGGCAGAGAAGCUUGCAGAAAAGAGAUUCAACGUGUUUCAUUACACUUUUAAGCACAGAAGCGGCAAAAAUAUAUACCCAAAAUGGACCGGGGUACCUCAUUUCGAAGAAGUUCAAUUCGUAUUUGGUGUUCCUCUAUUGAAAACAAACGAAUACACCGUCGAAGAACAAGAAUUCAGUAGAAAUCUCAUCGAACUUUGGACUUCGUUCGCUAAAACUGGGACUCCACAUGUUGAUAACUUGGAAAGAUGGCUUCCGUACACUAAUCGAAAGCCGAUUUCUAUGAACUUGCAACCGAAAAACAUAAAACUCACAAAGUCAAUUCCGAACGAACACUGUGAAUUUUGGAAAACUUUUUUUCACGUAUAAUUAUAGUAAUUGAGGGGUUAAGUGGAAAAAUGGCAUAUACUACACCAGAAAACUUUUUAGAUAAAGGACGAUUUGUAUUUUAAUUCGCCACAUUUUAAUAUGCAUCGCUUUGUCAAUACGGAUGUAGAACAUGGAGGACAUGCAACUGAACCAUAAAAGUUAUUUAGAAAAUGGAUUAAUUAAUGAUGCAUAAAUCCAUAUUUGUUAGUAACUCAUAUUUUUGUAGUUUUGUGUGAUUUGCCGUUUUCCACUCAGCCCCUUAAUUGCAAUUGCAAAAUUUACAUUUCUUGUACGUCUUUAGCAACUUCGGAGACUGGUAAAUGUAGUUUGUGUAUUUUAAAAUAAAAUCGAAUUAAUCAGACCAUUUGUAUGCGUUUCUUUUAAGAUUAUGUGAAGUACGAUAUCAUUUAAUUUCUGCCUACUUUGUAAUGGUUUAUUUCCUAAAAUGUCAAGUAGUUAAGGUGGCAGCAUAUCACUACGGGGAAUUUAGGGAUGAUUUCUUCGGUCCUACAGGGUUUUGUCUAACAAUCUCCCGAACGGUUUCUCAUAGAAAGUCCUCUUUGAUAGAUCGCCCAUCUCUUUGUCUUACUCCACAUUUCUCUAUUGAA